CGUCAAGGUCUCAACUGUCGAGUACUGUAAAAUACACAGGCACAGGCAGAGUAGCGUAGCGGAGCAACCAUGAAGAUCAUGGUAGCCAUCAAACGGGUUAUCGACUAUGCCGUCAAAAUCCGGGUUAAACCCGAUAAGAGCGGUGUAGAGACGAAUAAUGUAAAGAUGUCAAUGAACCCGUUUUGUGAAAUAGCAUUGGAAGAAGCGCUCCGAAUAAAGGAAUCGGGUCUGGCUUCGGAGGUCAUUGCUGUCAGCAUGGGUCCGACCCAAGUUGUGGAUACAAUUAGAACCGGUUUAGCGAUGGGUGCUGAUCGGGCUAUCCAUGUGGACUAUCCAGGAACUCUUUAUCCUCUGUCUGUUGCAAAAAUUCUUAAAGCCCUUGUUGAAAUUGAGAAGCCUGGGCUGAUUUUUCUCGGCAAACAGGCAAUUGAUGAUGAUUGCAACCAGACAGGUCAAAUGAUUGCGGGGCUUCUCAAGUGGCCACAGGGGACCUUUGCUUCCAAGGUUGUACUGGACAAGGAAAAACAAACAGCUGUAGUAGACAGAGAGGUGGAUGGUGGCCUUGAGACCUUGUGUUUGGAUUUGCCGGCAGUGAUCACUGCUGAUUUGCGAUUGAACCAGCCAAGAUAUGCAACACUUCCUAACAUAAUGAAGGCAAAGUCAAAGGUCAUAAAGAAACUUACUCCAGAGGAUUUGAAAGUCGAGAUCAAGUCCGACAUAGAGGUCGUUAAAGUAACUGAACCUCCCAAGAGAAAAGCGGGAGUUCUCGUAUCCUCUGUAGAUGAGCUGAUUGACAAGCUUAAGAAUGAAGCACGCGUCGUUUGAUGAUGUUAAAUCGCUUUCCGCGACAGUAAUUGGCUGAAGGCUCCGUCUUAAAAUCUGAGGGCAGCAGUUAACAAUCCUUUUUCUUCCUUCUUAAUCAAUCGUAUCUUCUGUACAGUGAAAAGGUUCCGUUAAAUGUGCAAGUUCUGUGAUCUUAGAUUUCUGGUAACAAUUCUUCAAUCUUUGUAGCCAGCCCCUUCAUGGAAUUAUGAUUUCCAUGCAAUCAAUGGCAUCAGAUGAACUGGAAGCUGUUUUCCACUAAAAAUCUGAUCUCUAUUUGUUCAUCGAAUAGUGCCUCUCUGUUGCUGCUGGCAAAAUACCAAUGCAGCUAGUCUUUGAGGAACAUUCUUCUGUAACGUGUAAGAGGGCCAAAAAAACGAAUACUGCUACUGUUAUAUCACAGGAGUCUGUUUGCUUUGAGAUUAA